GGAAGUGGGAGCCAAAGGCGCCGGGCGGAAGUUGGGUGGUGGAGGCGGCGGGACGGACCGGGGGCCAUGGAGGAUCCUGGCCCCGGCCCCGGUCCGGCCGCAGAGAGCCCGGCGGAGCUGAGCCCUGCGGGGCUGGAAGGGGAGCCCCGCCGCGGCGCCUACACCGCCUUCAUGAAGUCCCACCGCUGCUACGACCUGAUCCCCACCAGCUCCAAACUGGUCGUCUUUGACACUUCCCUGCAGGUGAAGAAGGCUUUCUUCGCGCUGGUCACCAAUGGCGUGCGGGCUGCCCCUCUGUGGGACAGCAAGAAGCAAAGCUUUGUGGGCAUGCUGACCAUCACCGAUUUCAUUAACAUCUUGCACCGCUACUACAAGUCACCCAUGGUGCAGAUCUAUGAGCUGGAGGAGCACAAAAUAGAGACGUGGAGAGAGGUCUACCUACAGGACUCAUUCAAGCCACUGGUUUGCAUCUCCCCCAAUGCCAGCCUCUUUGACGCCGUCUCCUCCCUGAUUCGGAACAAAAUCCACCGCUUGCCUGUCAUCGACCCCGACUCGGGGAACACACUCUACAUCCUCACCCACAAACGCAUCCUCAAGUUCCUCAAACUCUUUAUAGCAGAGGUCCCAAAGCCCGAGUUCAUGGCAAAGACGCUGGAAGAGCUGCGGAUCGGCACCUAUAGCAACAUCGCCGUGGUGCGGACCAGCACCCCCAUCUACGUGGCGCUGGGCAUCUUUGUGCAGCACCGCGUCUCCGCUCUGCCAGUCGUUGAUGAUUCAGGGCGGGUGGUGGAUAUCUACUCCAAAUUCGAUGUUAUUAACCUGGCAGCUGAGAAGACGUACAACAACCUGGAUGUGACGGUGACGCGGGCGCUGCAGCACCGCUCCCACUACUUCGAGGGCGUCCUCAAGUGUUACAAGCACGAGACGCUGGAAACCAUCAUCAACCGCCUGGUAGAGGCUGAGGUUCACCGGCUGGUGGUGGUGGAUGAGAGCGACGUGGUCAAGGGAAUUGUCUCUCUUUCGGACAUCCUGCAAGCCCUGGUCCUCCCACAGGGCCCCUGAGGUGUAGGGGGGGGGGUGGUUUCAGCCCCUCCGGGUGCCCCCACCCUCGUCUCCUGCCACACUGUUCCCCCCCGGGCUGGUGGGGACACCCAGGGUGGGGACCUCACUCACCAGCAGCAUCCAGCAAUAACCUCCAGCCGUGGGGCAGCCCCCCACCACUUCAGCCCUUCCACGGGUGGGGAAAGCUCGCGGCUCCCCACACCCCGAGGCUGUGUUGGCUGGGCUGGCGGGGUGCUGGGGGCACCUCCUGACCCCCCCCCGUGGUGCAGAGCCAGGUUCAGCUAUGUCUGGGCCGGGGGCCGUUCCCUGUGCAGACCCUCGUCCCUCCCACCUCGCACCCCCCACGUGGGGUUUCACUGAGUUCGGUUUUAAUCGCCCUCACUCAGCUCCAGCCGGCCGGGGGUUGCCACCCCGCACCCACCCCAGCCGCGCUGCCCCCCCCACCCCCCUGGCCACGUCUGCACCCACCACCGCUUCGCGUGUGGAGAGAAACUGCAAAUAAACAGACCUGGCACAAA